AUGGCUUCAAUCUCUACACAAAGGCGACCCGUGCGGAUAGCUGGAGCUUCCGGCUCGGCUUCAGAUCGGCGACAUGCAAUGGCUGCUUUUGCGAAAGCAUACCCUAGUGAUCCUGUGGAUGUCAUCAUCUCGGACUACAUGAGUGAAGCAAACAUGGUGACUGCUGGAGCGCGCAAAGUCAACUCGUCCAAGUCUGAUGAAGUGCCUGCUGAUCCGUGGACGCCUGUUGGACCAGCAUUUGAGACAUCCUUCUUGGAAGCCCUGGAGCCUGCACUAGAGGACCUGGCUAAGUACAACAUCAAGGUCGCGGUAAAUGCUGGCUCAAGCGAUACUGAGGGCCUCUACAAGGUCGUGAUGAAGAUGAUUGAGAGCAAAGGCCUGAAACUCAAGGUGGCGUGGAUAUCUGGCGACGAGGUGAUGCCGGCGGUUGAUGCGGCCCUCAAGAGCGGCAAAUCAAAGUUCAAGAACAUCUACACUGGCGAGGAGCUGUCCACCUGGAAAUUCAAGCCGAUGUACGCUCAAGCAUAUCUGGGUGGCCUUGGCAUCGCCGAAGCAUUCAAGCAAGGCGCGCAGAUUGUGCUUUGCGGCCGCGUGGCCGACGCCUCACCAGUUAUUGGUGCGGCAUACUGGUGGCAUAGCUGGGGCCGCUCUCAGCUUAAUGAGCUGGCCAACGCCUUCGUCGCCGGCCAUUUGAUCGAGUGCUCGAACUACGUUUGUGGGGGUAACUAUUCUGGCUUCAAAGAGCUGGAGCACUCCGCUUCCGGGUGGACUGACAUCGGCUAUCCCAUUGCUGAGAUAGCCUCCACGGGCCAAGUCGUGCUCACCAAACAAAAGAAUUCCGGCGGCCUCGUCUCGGUCAACACCUGCUCCUCCCAGCUCCUCUACGAGAUUCAAGGACCCUACUACUACAACUCCGACGUGACGGCCUAUCUCCCCAACAUCUCCUUCACCCAAGAGGGCCCCAACCGCGUAGCCGUGCACGGCGUGACAGGUCUUCCCCCACCCCCCACAACUAAAGUCGGUUGCACCGCACUAGGCGGCUACCAAGCCGAGGCCUCAUACUUCCUCACCGGCCUCGACAUCCCCGCCAAGGCACGCAUGCUCGAGGCACAGCUACGCUACGCCCUCCUUCCCUACUCCCAGGACUACUCACUCCUCAGAUUCCACGUUAUCGGCUCCCCUGGUCCGGAUUCGCCCAAUCAGGAUGCCGCAACCGUGGUAUUCCGAGUCUUUGCACAGGCCCGCUCCGCCGACGCUGUGGCCCCACCGCGUUUCCUGCGGCCCGUUAUAGAUAACAUCAUGCAAGCCGGCGCCACCUUCCACCUGGACUUCCGCCAAGGCCUCCCCAAGCCCUUCUUCGAAUACUACGUGACCCUCCUGCCCCAAGCCUCGAUGGAACACGCCGUCCACUUCAACAACCACAAAACCGUCAUCCCACCGCCCGAGUCGCAACACACGCGCACCUACCCGGAGCGCCAACCCAGCGAGCCCGCUACACAGAUCCAGCUCGACCCCCGCCGCUCCUUCGGCGCCACGCAGCGCCUCCCCUUGGGCACCGUCGUCAACGCCCGCUCCGGCGACAAGGGCAGCGACGCCAACUGCGGCUUCUGGGUCCGGCACCCGGACGAGUACGUGUGGCUGCGGAACCUACUCUCCAUCGACUCCAUGAAGAUGCUGUUGGGCGACGAGUACGAUCAGAGCAGGCGGCCCAAGAUCGAGAUCGAGCGCUUCGAGCUGCCGAAUCUGAAGGGGGUGCAUUUCCUGUUCCGGAAUCUGUUGGAUCGCGGCGUGACGAGCACGAGCUCGAUUGAUUUCUUGGGGAAGAACGUGGCCGAGUUUUUGAGGGCGAGGGUCGUGGAUGUGCCGGUCAAGUUCUUGGAGAGGGGGAGGUUGUAG